GGUUUUACUUUUAUUUUCUAUUAAAAAGAAGAAAAAGUCAGCCGGUGCAGCGUCAGACUCUCACAACAGAGACCACAUACACAGUCUGGAGGAGCUGCUGCUAUGAGACUGGACUAAAGACUCACGACGGAAUCAGGACUGGAGGACACCUUUGGACUUUUUCUGUCUUAUCCAUUUGUAUUUCCUCAGUAGUUUUGGGUGUGAAGUGAACUUCUGAUGGGGGAAAGUCUCCCCAGGGUGCCAGGAGGAGCCCGGUGCUGCCGGGAGACUCUGAGUAGACCUGUGCAGGCUCUCAGGGUUAAGAUGGUGCUUCUGGGAAGCUCUGGCGUGGGGAAGUCCAGCCUGGCACUGCGAUUUGGCAAAGAUGAGUUCAGGAUUACAUCACCUACUGUAGGCUGUGCCUACCUGACCCGAGUGGUGCACCUGAGGGACGUCACUCUUCGCUUUGAGAUAUGGGACACGGCCGGUCAGGAGAAGUACCACAGUGUCACCCCCCUUUACUACAGAGGGGCCCACGCUGCACUCCUGGUCUACGACAUCAGCAAAAGGGAAACCUUCAUCAGAGUUCUGGUGUGGCUCAAAGAGCUCGAGAAGCAGUACAUCCCAGGGUCUACGGUCAUAUGGCUGGUGGGCAACAAGGGAGAUCUGGCACAGGACCGACAAGUCUCUGUGCAGGAAGGACAGAGUCUAGCCAAUGACAGGGGCUUAUUUUUCACGGAGACAUCAGCCCUGUCGGGGGAUCAGGUCUGCCAGCUGCUGCUGGCUGUAGCCCACAGAGUGUACGAGUGUGUUGGAGCGCAGCAGGGAGGGCUGACCGAGUGGAGGGAGACGGCUCAUGUGGAUCUGCAUCGUGGGGACACCCUCAAUCCUUUUGGAUCCUGCUGCAAAGUUGGACCCUGACCUCUGUCCCUGUCAAAUGAAGUUACUGCUUGUCUUUGUGUCUGUCUUCAUCAUUUCAAAGCUGCACUGGGUAACACAGCCAGUAUACAAAAAAAACAUCUCAGAAGG